CUGUAUGAAAGGGUCGCGGCAUUAGGAAGGUUGAGAACCACUGCUUUAGAAGAAGGUCUCCGGAGCCUCCCAGGAACUCUGGGGAAGAAGGGCUGUGCUGCAGGGCCGGCCUGGAACCGAGGUCCCACUUGCUUUUAAAGAGGAGGCGUCUGUGAAAACCUGGAUCCAGGAUCACUGGGCCUGACCGCGCCGAGAGGUAUCCCGCCUUCCCCAAAUCUCCUUUCCGAGUCUUCGCCACAGCUCCAGGGGUGCGAACUGAAAGUGAGAAACCCGGGUGCGCAGCGCAGAGCGAGCCUCCUGCACCGAGAAGAGAGUUUUUUUGAUGCCUUCUGGUCUGAAGAAUCUCCAGCUGCUCUGAUGAUAGCUUAAGAAGACUGCAUGCUGUUCCCUCUCCAUGCCAAGCCAGGCCCACUCGGAACCUCUGAUCUCAGUCCGUCAUGGAGACCAGGUCCCAGCAGGAAAAAGAAUGGCAGUGGAGGAAAUGGACACCCAGAUGGUUCCUCCACAUGAAAUGGUCUCAGGCUGUGGGCCGACGAGAGAACACCUGGUAACCAGGCUCGCCCUCUGUCAGUCCACCCAGGGCAGGGCAGCAUGGUGCGGAUUCAGAGGAGGAAGCUUUUGGCAUCUUGCCUGUGCAUCACAGCGACCAUCUUUCUGCUUGUCACACUCCAGGUAGUAGUUGAGCUGGGAAAAUUUGAAAGGAAGAAGUUUAAAAGUUCCAAUUUGCGAGAUGGGCAUGCAAAAAUGGAGGAAGAGCCUACACAACUCUACUCUUUCCGUAAGAAAGAUUCUCUGAUCCUGAAUAGGAAGAAAACAGUGGAAACUGAUAGCUACCCCAUCAUGCUCUGGUGGUCCCCACUGACUGGGGAAACCGGCAGGGUGGGCCAGUGUGGAGAAGAUGCUUGCUUCUUCACCAUCAACCGGACCUAUCUACAUCAUCCCAUGACCAGAGCAUUCCUCUUCUAUGGUACUGACUUUAACAUAGAUAGCUUACCUCUGCCCCGGAAAGCCCACCAUGACUGGGCCCUUUUCCAUGAAGAGUCUCCAAAAAACAAUUAUAAGCUCUUUCAUAAGCCAGUCAUCACUUUGUUCAACUACACUGCCACAUUCAGUCGCCAUUCCCACCUGCCACUCACCACCCAGUACCUGGAGGACAUAGGGGUCCUGAAGUCUCACCGAUACCUGGUCCCUUUGCCGUCUAAAAACAACCUUCGGAAAAGACUCGCUCCACUGGUGUAUGUGCAGUCAGACUGUGACCCGCCAUCAGAUAGGGACAGCUAUGUUCGAGAGCUGAUGACUUACAUUGAGGUGGAUUCCUAUGGCGAGUGUUUACACAACAAAGAUCUCCCUCGGCAGCUGAAAAGUCCAGCCUCCAUGGAUGCCGAUGGCUUCUAUAGGAUCAUCGCACAGUACAAGUUCAUCCUUGCUUUUGAGAAUGCAAUUUGUGACGACUACAUCACUGAGAAGUUCUGGAGACCUCUGAAACUGGGGGUAGUCCCUGUGUAUUAUGGAUCCCCCAGCAUCACCGACUGGCUUCCAAGUAAUAGAAGUGCUAUUCUCGUAUCGGAAUUUUCUCACCCUAGAGAACUGGCAGCUUACAUCCGACAGCUGGACUCUGAUGACAGACUGUACGAGGCCUAUAUGGAAUGGAAGCUGAAGGGUGAGAUCUCCAACCAGCGACUCCUCACAGCUCUCAGGGAAAGGACAUGGGGAGUGCAAGACAUCAACCAAGACAACUACAUUGAUGCAUUUGAAUGCAUGGUAUGCAGCAAGGUGUGGGAUAACAUUAGGCUUCAGGAAAAGGGCUUACCACCCAAAAGAUGGAAGGCAGAUGUUACACACCUGAGUUGCCCGGAGCCCACAGUGUUUGCUUUCUCACCUGUGGCUCCGCAUCGGAGCGCUUCUCGAGAGAUGUGGAUACCCAGCUUCCAACAGUCCAAGAGAGAAGCCCAGGCACUAAGAUGGCUGGUCGAUAGGAAUCAAAACUUUUCGGCUCAAGAGUUUUGGGGCCUAGUAUUCAAGGACUAAUUUAAAUAAGUAUCAGACUGAUAGAGUCUACAGAGUUCCAAAGGUUUACUUUCUAGGUUGCCUUAAUAUUUGAAUAUCAUAGCCACUCUGUUGACUACCCUUUAGGAUGAGAAUUGCCGCAGUACUCAUAAUGAGCCCGAUGACAUAAUAGAUAUAAACUAUCCUCAGGGGUCACCUCUGUAUUUUUUAUACUCAAAAGGUAAAUACAGUAGUUUCCCCCCAACCCUCUUAUUUGUAGUUUCGCUUGCCAUGGUUUAAGUUACCCACAGUCAACUGCAGUCUGAAAACAGUAAAUGGAAAAUCCAGAAAUAAGCCAUUCGUAUGUUUUAAAUUA